CUGUAUGUAACUUCGUCAUCAAGAGUGAAAUCCGUUAGUAGUCAUUGGUUUGCUGUUCAACAGCAGCAAGCUUCGACGAAUACUUGUUGUGUUUUAAAAGUAAACGAGAAUUCGUUUCGCAUUAUUUUUGGGAAUUAACAUUUUUAUAAAUGUAAGUGCAUCUUAAAGAGUUUCAAGUUUGUAUCUUCGAUUGAAAAUUAAUUCUAGAAAUUCUUACGUAUCGCAUUAAAAAAAAUUAUGUUGCGAAUUUUAAUGAUCCUAUCAUUUAUCUGUUCGUUGGAUUUACUGAGUGCGCGUCCUGCGGACGAACCAACAAAAUUUAUCCUUGGCAAUAUACAAAAUAAUGUCAUACCUUCAAGAUUGGAAGAAGCACAGGAAUUAUUAGAACGUGUUUUUGAUGCAAUUAGAAUUGGCAGAGGAAAAUUUAUCAAUUCGAUAGUAUUGACCAGAAACAUCAUUACCAAUCGAGCGGAGCAAAUAAACAGCGAAUUUCGAAAUAAUACUGAUUCAUUAAAAUCAAACAAGUCACAAAGUCGCAGAUCUAUAUUAAUACCGAUUAGUACAACACCAAGAUCAGUUUUCUUUCCACCGCAAGAAACUGUUCGCUUAGAAAAUGAAACUGCGCAAGGCAUUUUAGAAAGACGAAAACCUGACAACAUCAGACAAAUUUUAGAUAGUGUCCUGACUCCUAAGCCACUUCUUGAUCGAACCAAGGAAGAAGAAAAAUAUGGUAAUUCGGGAGAUAAAUUUAUUGGAGUCGGGAGAGGAAUCAUUAAUUUUUACGAGUACUUUAGCAAUCUUGCAAAUAAUAUAUUGGACUAUCCUGUUAAUGCCGCUAAGCAAGCUUCUAAAGGAAUAACGCGAGCGUUAAACGAAAUAGGAGCACAGCUACUUGGACUCCAAUAAUAAGUAUAAACAUAUAUCUUGUUAUGAAUCACUUCAAAAUCAGCCAACAAUACAAACGAAUAGUUUGUAACAGACAUUGCAAUCUGACAAAAUAUCAGAUAAUGAUAGUUUAGUUUCAGAUCUUUUAAUAUUUCGAGAUAAAAGUAAAUGUUUAAAGCCUGAUGAAGAAACGGAAAAAAAUACCUCAAAUAUACCAAUGCAAAAUUCGCUGGAUGGAAUGAAUUUAUCGAGUUCAAGAUUUGAUCAAGGAAAUACACAUUUGCAAGACACAACAAGUGAAGGAAAUCGAUGAUAAAAAUUCUAAAUGUUAUU